AAGAGGGAGGCCAGCAUCUGCCACAUGCUGAAACACCCCCACAUCGUGGAGCUGCUGGAGACCUACAGCUCUGAUGGCAUGCUCUACAUGGUCUUUGAGUUCAUGGACGGGGCAGACCUGUGUUUUGAGAUCGUGAAGAGGGCAGAUGCCGGCUUCGUCUACAGCGAAGCCGUGGCCAGUCACUACAUGAGACAGAUCCUGGAGGCGCUGCGUUACUGCCAUGACAACAACGUCAUCCACCGAGAUGUCAAGCCGCACUGCGUGUUGCUGGCGUCCAAGGAGAACUCGGCCCCUGUGAAGCUGGGGGGGUUCGGCGUGGCCAUCCAGCUCGGGGAGUCGGGACUGGUGGCAGGAGGGCGGGUGGGCACCCCUCACUUCAUGGCCCCAGAGGUGGUGAAGAGGGAGCCGUAUGGAAAGCCCGUGGACGUGUGGGGUUGCGGCGUCAUCCUCUUCAUCCUCCUCUCUGGCUGUCUGCCUUUCUAUGGCACCAAGGAGCGCCUGUUCGAGUCCAUCUGCAAGGGUAAAUACAAGAUGAAUCCGCGCCAAUGGAGCCACAUCUCAGAGAGUGCUAAGGACCUGGUGAGACGCAUGCUGAUGCUCGACCCCGCUGAGAGAAUCACCGUCUAUGAGGCCCUCAACCACCCCUGGCUGAAGGAGAGAGACCGCUAUGCCUACAAGAUCCACCUGCCAGAGACUGUGGAACAGCUGAGGAAGUUCAACGCCAGGCGGAAGCUAAAGGGGGCAGUGCUGGCUGCAGUCUCCAGUCACAAGUUUAACUCCUUCUAUGGAGAUCCUCCCGAGGAGCUGCACGACUUCUCCGAGAAUCCAACCUCCUCAGGGGCUGUGUCUCAGGUGCUGGACAGUCUAGAAGAGAUCCAUGCUCUAACAGACUGCAGUGAGAAGGAUCUGGAUUUCCUGCACAGUGUUUUCCAGGACCAGCAUCUACACACGCUGCUGGACCUCUACGACAAGAUCAACACCAAGUCGUCCCCACACAUCAGAAACCCUCCCAGCGAUGCUGUGCAGAGAGCCAAAGAGAGUUCCUGCCCAGAUGAAGCAAGUGGCGCUUUGAAACAUCUGGAAUAUGUGCUGGAAGAGAUCUCCUGCUACCCGGAGAACCACGACGCUAAGGAGCUCCGACGGAUACUGACCCAGCCGCAUUUCAUGGCCUUGCUGCAGACCCACGACGUGGUCGCCCACGAGGUGUACAGCGACGAGGCUCUGAGGGUGACUCCUCCGCCCACCUCCCCCUACCUGAACGGAGACUCCCCAGAGAGCACUAACGGGGACAUGGACCUGGAGAACGUCACGCGGGUCCGGCUGGUCCAGUUUCAGAAGAACACAGAGGAGCCCAUGGGCAUCACGCUUAAGAUGAACGACCUGAAUCACUGCAUUGUGGCGAGAAUCAUGUACGGAGGAAUGAUCCACAGACAAGGAACCCUGCAUGUGGGAGAUGAGAUCAGGGAGAUCAACGGCAUCAGUGUGGCCAACCAGACUGUUGAACAGCUGCAGAAGAUGCUGAGAGAGAUGAGAGGCAGCAUCACAUUUAAAAUCGUGCCAAGCUACCGGACGCAGGGCUCAUCGUGCGAGGACCUGCCGUCUACCAUCCAGCCCAAGGGUCGCCAGAUCGUACCCAGACCUUCAAUCAAGGACAAAAUGUCUGUCAAGAUCUACGUGAGGGCUCAGUUCGAGUACGACCCCUCCAGAGACGACCUCAUCCCCUGCAAGGAGGCUGGCAUUCGCUUCCAGGUCGGUGACAUCAUCCAGAUCAUCUCCAAGGAUGACCACAACUGGUGGCAAGGCAAGCUGGAGAGCACCAAGAACGGCACGGCGGGCCUCAUCCCCUCCCCCGAGCUUCAGGAGUGGCGUGUGGCGUGCAUAGCUAUGGAGAAGACCAAGCAGGAACAGCAGGCGAGUUGUACCUGGUUCGGGAAGAAGAAGAAACAGUAUAAAGACAAGUAUCUCGCCAAGCACAACGCAGUGUUCGACCAACUAGAUCUCGUCACGUACGAGGAAGUCGUAAAGCUUCCAGCGUUCAAGAGGAAAACGCUGGUUUUAUUGGGCGCUCAUGGCGUGGGACGGAGACACAUCAAGAACACGCUCAUCACCAAGCAUCCCGACAGAUUCGCCUACCCCAUCCCACACACCACCAGACCUCCGAAGAAGGACGAGGAGAACGGGAAGAACUACUACUUCCUGUCCCACGAGCAGAUGAUGCAGGACAUCAGCAACAACGAGUACCUGGAGUACGGCAGCCACGAGGACGCCAUGUACGGCACGCGGCUGGAGACCAUCCGCAAGAUCCACGAGCAGGGACUCAUAGCCAUCUUAGAUGUGGAGCCUCAGGCCCUGAAGGUCCUGCGGACGGCAGAGUUUGCCCCCUAUGUCGUCUUUAUAGCCGCGCCAACAAUCACACCGGGUAUCAACGAGGACGAGUCUCUCCUGCGGCUGCAGAAGGAGUCGGAGAUCCUGCAGAAGACAUACGCCCACUACUUCGACCAAACCAUCAUCAACAACGAGAUCGACGAGACCAUCAGGCAUCUGGAGGAGGCCAUCGAUCUGGUCUGCACCACGGGACAGUGGGUUCCUGUCUCCUGGGUCUACUGAGCCACCUCUUCCUCCUCCUCCUCCUCUUCCUCCACGCGCUCCUACUUUAUCUAGUCCUCCCUCUCCCUCCCGUCCAUGCUUGUCCACCUCACCUCACAGUGCAUUUUGGAAAUUCCCGUCACGUCUCUGCGAAAUGAAAACGAGGUGAAGCAACCGUUUGGAAACCUCCCUGUCCGUUGCACUUCACCGUCAGAAGCCAACGAAAACCUUCGGUGUGCUGCCAGAACAUCUGCAGCAGCCAAUCAGAAUCCUCCAUCUGUUUCGCAGAGCUCUGCAGCAGCCAGUCAGACUGCUGUAACAGACUAGCUAGUUGCAGUGUUGUAUAAACCACGUAAAGAAAAUGAAUUUUGUCAUGUCUGUACUAGCUAGGAGGGGACAUUUUUGUAGAUGAUUGUUUUAAAGAGACAGUACCGUCUUUCCCCGUGUCAGUGCUCUGCAGCUGUCCACGUGUGCCUCCUCUGGCCAGCUGUGUUGCCCCGCCAUCCCCCAAAUCCCACGGAUCCCAUCCCGUUGGACGGGAUCCGUAGUUGCGUCACAUUCAGGCUGACGAGUAAGCGCACGCGAG